AUGGGAGCCCCAUACGAGCCCCGUGUCCAGAUUGGCGGUCAAUGGUACUAUCCCUCACCAUACAGCCAGGAAGGUCUCCAGCAGAAUCUCCGAAACGGCCUCGUAGCGCUCGGUCUGCUUGCCGCACUGUCCGUCGGCAGCACCCUCGUGCUCAUUGGCUUUAUCCUCAAUCGUUUCUAUUCGUGGCGUCGGCACUACAGGACCUUUGUUGGCUAUAACCAAUACGUCGUCUUGGUGCUCAACUUGCUGCUGGCUGGUAGGCGAGCCCUAUCGCGUCGGCGCAGAUAGUCACUGACAUCCAGACAGAUCUCUCCCAAGGAUCUUCAUUCCUGAUCAGUUGGCAUUGGUACCGCCGGGACCGGAUCGUGUCACCGAAUCCGGCCUGCUUCGCACAGGGAUGGCUGCUUCACUCCGGAGACAUUGCCAGCGGCUUCUUCGUCCUGGCCAUUGCCGUCCACACCUACUACACGGCUGUGUAUGGACGACGAGUGGGUUAUAAGACAUUCGCCGCCAUCAUCAUCUCCAUCUGGGUCUUGGUAUACUUCCUCACCGUCGUCGGUCUAGGACUGCACGGAAAGAAGUAUUUCACUGCAGCCGGAGCUUGGUGCUGGGUAUCGCCGGCCUACGAAACCGAUCGCCUGUGGUGCCACUACAUCUGGGUAUUCAUCGUCGAAUUCGGCACCAUCGCUAUCUACGUCUUGACAUUCUUCUCCCUACGCCAGAAGACGAGAAGCCUCCUUGUCGACGGAAAGAUCCCGCCCAACAGCCCGAGCGCAAACACGCUGAAGCAAGUGAAUCGUAUUACGAUGCUCAUGACGCUUUACCCUUGCGUAUACGUGCUGCUGACCCUCCCGCUCUCGGCGGGCCGCAUGUGGUCCAUGAGUCACAACGCCCAAGCCACUAGCGACGUCUUCUCCGUCGUCGCCGGCUGCCUGCUCACAUCCUGCGGCUGGGUCGACUCUCUCCUGUAUACUCUGACGCGGAAACAACUACUUCAGGAUACGAUGCCGAAUAGCUCUUCGCGGAGGACGGACGAAUGGACCAAGGAAGGAGGCAUCACGCACACACGGACAGUCACUGUCGAAGCAGGCGCUUUGGUGGAUUUCGAAAUGAUGAACAAUCCGUCCGACCGACGCAAGAGGGCUCACAGUCAGAUCAUCUCGCGUCCACCGUCUCCCACUGGAAGUAUCGAUCCCAUUCUGUCUGGGAAGGGGCUCCAUGGCAUGACGACGGGCCAGGUGAAGACGGAGAUUACGGUCGGGCAUGCCGAGAUUGACCGGGAAGACGAGCAUCGGCACGAGUUGAACUCGAGCCCUGUCCCGAGAGCAUAUCAUCGCGCAUCUGACAUGCGCAAGUAUACCGACGAGUCUGAUUGCUGA